AUGUCUGCUUCCGAUCAAGAUCCUUUACUUCUCCUGCGACAAUCGAUAGCCUCAGAAAGUCCUUGCAUACCCACUACCACAGAAGACGCAGCAUCCUCAGUAGACCUGAGUCUGGCAACAGCAACCUACCUCCACUUUACCUCACCCCUCCAAGUAUCAAUUCCAUUCACGACUGCCACACGUUUCAUUUCCUCGGACAAACCUGUAAAUCUUCGCAGCAUCUAUUUCGCAUGGCAGCAACGCGAACUAGCAAUCCCAGAAUACAAUGCAUCAUCAACGACAUUGAGCGCGCAAUUGGCGGCAGAGGGCGGCGCUGGUGGUGAAAUCCAAAAUUUGUCAUUUGUAGAACGUUUGGAUCUUAUUACGUGGUUGGAGGGCGCGUCGGAUGAAUCGCAAUAUAUUAAGCCUUUAGCUUCAGAUACGUCAAAUGCGACAGCCUCGGCGCAGGUUGCUUCUGGGGCGGCUGGGGGGAUAGCACCAGUCACCAGUGGUAUGGGAGGUAGACAGGGAAAGAAUGUUGAUCCUAGGCUAGCAGAGAUCUACAAUGGGGAAAGGCGGAUGGGAGAUAGGAAUAGUGUAUUGAGGGGGAUUAAACCUACGGAUUUCUCUCAUGUCCGCAAACUCGCAUCUCCAUUCCUCUCACGCAAAGCUGCACACGCUGCCGCACAAAAUCUAGCAAACAACCCAGCACUCGCUCAUAACCUCAAACCUGUCCGCCGUCCAGAUCCCAUCAUACUUUUGUCUCCAUCCGCGUCUUCUAUUCUUCGCAUGUCUAAUAUCAAAUCGUUCCUCGAAGGUGGUGCAUUCAUUCCUCCCGAUUCAGCAAGCUCUACCUCCAGUUCCUCGGCUUCAAUUCUACAUAUCUCACGUUUCAUACCUUCCAUAGAUCCUGCGCGACCAAUCCGUUUCAUUAUCGUUGAUACACCAGAGCAAUUCAAGCCGGAGUAUUGGUCAAGAGUCGUAGCGGUCUUUACUACUGGUCAAGUUUGGCAAUUCAAGAACUAUAAAUGGCCACAGCCUACAGAUUUAUUCAGGAACACCCUAGGCUUGUUCGUAGGAUUCAGAGGAGAAAGUCUACCGGAUACUGUGAAGGGAUGGGGAAGUGGAGUUCUGGCUUCGCAAGUCGAAAGGUGGGCUCCACAAGCAGGUCCAGCUAGUAGAUGGAGGGAUAAGGAAGUCGUGGAGAAUAUUUGGAAGGCAAUUGAGGCGAAUAUGAAGGCUAAAGGAUGGAGACGGGAUUCUGGUCCAGUCAUUUGA